CUUCUUGUACCACGGGUUCCAGCCAUUGAGAUGGUGGGGUCUAUUGUGCGGGAUGUUCCCAUUGGUAAAGGACAGUUCGGAGGCGACUUUAACCCCUUACGCCAUUGUGGGUGCCCCGAAACUCAGGUUCCGCUGGGAACGGGUGCAUGUGGUCUACGGACUGAGUCUGAUUGGGUUCUCAGUGUAUUUGAGCACCCGGGGUGUCACCAAGUGGUUGAACCCGGGUCAGAACUGCUUCGAGGCCCUGGGCACGAAUCUAAGCAUUGCCACUGUGGUGACCAAGUUUGACCACUGUGUCCAGGGAUCCACAUCGGAGGAGAUCCAGAAGAUCCUGCAGCAUCUGGACAGCUCACAUUGGCCGAAGAAUGCGCAAAAGCAGCUGGAAUUUUUCAUCCUUUCCACGAUUUCUUUGGGUACACCGAAUAUAACUGCAUCUGGUUUUUUCUCAAUGAGACGACCAAUGUUCACUGCCAACAUUCGAGAUUGUUCUGGAGCUGCAGGAGAGGGCGCUGCUGUGAGCCGGCAAGCCCGGCUUCUAGUAACCUGCAAUGCUGGCGAGGGAGAACCAGUUCCCGGCUUGUCCAGAACAUUCGAGAACUUUCAACGGUUUCCCCUCUCAUCCCCACCAGCCCGAGUCUAUAUAACCCUGCGCCAGUUCUACCAGUGG